CUACCCAUUUCUCAGUUACCUGCAACCGAGAUAUAGAGAGCGUGGACAGUUUUCGUCGAUUAAUUUAAAAAACCGUUUUCUCGACGAACACAUGUCAAAAAGCUGAUUCUUCUUCAUCCUAGCUGAUGGCCGGGAAAAUCCGUUCAAUGAACGGUUAAACGGACUAGUGUAUUCAGUUUAUUUUGAAUCACAACCGAAACUAACCGACUAACAAACGAACUUGUUUUCUUCUUUUAAGUAGUAAAUCCUUUAGUCAAUCUUAUAAUGCGUUUGCUGUGAUCAAGGAAUAGUUUGAAAACGGUUAAUUUAAAAAUAGUUUACCUGUUGUGUUCAUGUAUCGGUAACAAUGGACGAGGACAAGUUCCUGACACCACGGAAGAUUUUCCAGAAUGCCUUCAAUGCGGCUCGGAAAUCCACCGCCGGUGCAUGUUCACCGUCAGUUGCGGUGUUCACUCCCAAUUCUUUGUCCCGGUCAGCCGCGGGAAGCAGUCGACUUAAUCUACUGCCGAUCAUCCAGACACCGCCAAGCCGGAUGGUAAACGGAAAAGUGAUAAAUCCGUUCGAAGCCCAACUGGCAGAACGACUGCAUCUACCGCUGAUUUGCAGUCCAUCGUUGUUCCAUCGUCCCAGUACGCCACAAAACGGAUCCGGCCAACAGUUCGAAUGGACAAUCGAUGAAGUUUCCUACCUUGGUCCUGCUAAUGUCGAACCGCACGAAACGCAAUUCAUGGAAACGCCGGAUCCCGUACUGGAAGCGAAGGCUCAGGCGGCCAUCAGUGCAUAUUUCAGUGAGCACAAUAUAGUUCCUAGUCCGAUAGACUGUCAACUACGAAAACAAAAGAUUAUACUUAAGAGUGACUGUUCAGAAAAUAUGAGCUUUCUCAAGAACAGCUUCAAGAGAAAGCGAGAUGGAAUUGCUCAAACCAUGCUAACGUUUCCUCCGAAUCUACCGAAAGAAAUUGAAGAAUUGUUAGCUCCAUUCUGCACGUAUGAAGAUAAUCAGCAACAAAUUCAUGAGAGGAUUAACGACUCCGAUGCAAGCAUCGAUCAUGACGCCCGAGAUGCAUCUCUACGGCGAAAGCUUUUCAACUGCUUGAAUGCUUCAACCGGAUCGGGUUCCGACCGAGAUGAUUCCUUUGAACAAAUUGAUCUCCGUUCGUUAAGUCCUGCGCCGGUUACUCCAGAGCUUGACAAAGAAUCGGUACAGUAUUUAAAACGAUCGCGGUGUUUCGGCUCACAAGAAAUCCAGAUCGACCGAAGUGACAUUUCCCUAAGUCCAGUCGUAGCCAAGGAUAAAGAAUCUUUCGGUGCGCUAUCUCCGAUUUCCAAAAGUUCGACAUCACCGUCCCCGAUGAAGCCGGUAUCGAAUUCAACCGAGCUGCAGGAUCAUGAUGCAAUCUAUCGCAGUACGCCGGAGAGACCCAAAAGCUCCAUGUUCCAACUGAACUGUAGCAGUGUGAACAGCCAUCAUAUGUCAGUAGAGCUGAGUGAGAGUUUUCGUGGCGAUAAACACGGCGAUUUGACGGUUGAGCUCACAGAGGAGGAGUUGUCAUACGAAGACAAAGCGCUCGGUUCAUCUCAAUCAUCGUCCUCGGUGUCGCAGCAUCCAACAACUCCACUACGUCACACUUCUAGGCAGAAACGUCACAAUAGAAAAAAUCUUUCGCAUUCUUUUCUACUGUAUUCGGACGAGGAUCGUCUGGAGGAGGAACAUGAGGAACCACAAUUGCUAGCCAAAGAAUCAACCCACCGAAGUUUUGGUGCCAUUGGAGAUAUUAACAAGGAAAAUCUACCAACAACAAUCGUAAGCAAUGCCGGAAAUCGGCUAACCAAAUCACCGUCGUCACAAGUGACCCGGGGACAUUUCUAUCGCAUGGACAGCGGAUUCAACGAGGAGGAAACGCGCGCAAGUCAAGAGACUAUUGAUUACUUUGAGACUGAUGUUUCUAUGCAAUCUGAAUGCUGUGAAAGCCGAGUAACGCCACGGAUAACUAAUAUGGCAUCCGGCGGCCAGCAUCAUACGGGUUGUUCGAUAAGACUGUAAAUACUACGAAACGCUUGAGAUUCAUUUCGUUCUACAUGACGAAUAGCACAUUUUUAAGACCUUUUUUUAAACAAACGAAGUAAUCUGUAAUUAAAACUACGAAAUUUUUAAAACUGUAAUUGUACCUAUAGGUAAGUUUCCACAACACAUGAUUUCUCCUUUUCAUUUCGGACGGUGUUAUAAUUUCAGUACAAUGUUGUGAUA